CACACAGCUCAUGCUCAUCACAUCACAACAUACAGUGCAUUUCACAGCUGACUUGUGUAUACAUUGUUAAAAACUUUUAGAUUGUUUGUUUGGUUUUUAAGUGAUAUGUGUGUGGAACCUAAGUAUACGUUGUGUUUAUACAAGGUUUUCUUUUUGAACUGAAAACCCUUGGAUACAAACAUGUCAUUCCUUACUGGGUCUGUACUGUUUGACAUCCUGCUGGGUGUUCUAUCGGUAUGCUGUGGACUCUACUGGUAUAUCUGCAGCAACGAUGACUAUUGGGAGAAGCGGGGAGUCCCGCAUUCCAAAUAUGGGCUACUGAAAGAAACCUUACUGGGCAGAAAGUCAAUGGCAGAUGCAGUGAAGGAGCUGUACUUCAAACACUGUGACAAACCUUACUAUGGAACGUUUCAAAUUAACAGACCUUUACUAUUUAUAAAUGAUGAAGAGUUAAUAAACAAAGUUUUAAUAAAAGAUUUUACAUAUUUCCAAGACAGAGGGCAACCAAAGAACGACAAAGAACUUUUAUCAAAGAAUUUGUUUAAUUUGACUGGACAAGGUUGGCGAAUAAUGCGAUACAAACUUACCCCGACUUUUACCACAGGAAAACUAAAGAGUAUGCUCCAACAGGUCUCAGCGUGUGGAGAGAACAUGGUGAAAAACAUCGCGGCCCAGUCUGAAAAAGAUACGGAUUUGGAUUGUAAAGACGUUGUCUUUGAGUACACCACUGAGGUGAUCUGCACUUGUGCUUUCGGACUACAGUUUGCUCCGGGUAGUAAAGAAUUCAACUUUUUCAAAACAGUUGCUCAAAAAAUGUUCCGUACGUCUUUCUCAAUGGUUGUGAAAUUUUUUGUCCUCAUAUUAUUCCCCAAGUUGGCCGAAAUGUUGAAUCUUUCGGUGUUUAUUAGUAAAUCAGCUGGGGACUACUUUUUAAAUAUUAUUAAGACUACUAUGAGCUACCGCAAGGAGCAUAACAUCAAGCGUAAUGAUUACCUCCAGCUGCUGAUGGCUUUGAAGGAUCAAGAAGAUAACAACCAACUCUCAUCACAUGCUCUCUUGGCUACAGACACAACAGAAGAUGAUGCUGUGAUCACAGAACAGCUGAAGUACACUGACCACUCGGAUCAGCUUCCAGCAGCUGAUGUCAAGUUGUUCACAGAGGAGGCGGUGGCAGCCAACAGUGUGAUUUUCCUAGUGGCAGGCUCAGAGUCAACUUCCAACACUACGUCCCUGGCACUGUUCAUGAUAGCUAGACACCCUCAUGUCCAGGAGAAGCUACAGAAAGAGGUAGACAGUGUUCUCUCUGUGCAUGGAGAAUUGUCCUAUCAAGCUCUGAAGGAGAUGACUUAUCUGGACCAAGUCAUACAAGAAACACAAAGAUUCUACCCUCUAAUUCCGAUAUUGCAGAGGGAAUGCACCAAAUCCUACAAAGUACCCGGUUCUGACCUAGUGAUUGAGAAGGGAGUUUUGAUAUCAAUUCCAGUGAUCGGACUACAACAAGACCCCCGGGUUUAUCCUGAUCCGGACUCUUUCAAGCCGGAAAGAUUUGAAGGGAACAACUUCAAACCAAACCCACAUUUCCUACCUUUCGGUGAUGGACCUAGAAUAUGUAUUGCUAUGCGUUUCGCAGUGAUGGAAAUGAAAGCGGCAAUUUCAAGGGUUGUGGCUAACUACAACAUGACUUUAAGUCCAAAAACCAAGCUUCCCCUCAAGCUAAGCCCUCGAUCUUUUGUGCCCACGCCUGAAGGUGGGAUUUGGAUUAACUUUGAGAAAAGACACAAUAAUGCCAUGAGUUUUGUUACCGGCUCUACACUAAUAGAUGUUACGUUGGUAGUUUUACUCCUGUCCUAUCUCUUACACCGGUUCAUCACCAGCAAUGAUGACUACUGGUACAAGAGGGGGGUUCCUCACAUAAAAACUGGCCUGAUUUGGACAAACUUCAUAGGAAAGAAAUCCCAAGCUGACGCAGUUAACAACAUAUACAAACAGUUUUCCCGAGAAAAAUAUUUCGGCUACUUCCAGCUUAGGCAACCGAUACUAAUGGUAAACGAUUUAAGUUUGAUCAGGAAAGUUUUGGUUGAAGACUUUAGACAUUUUGAGAAUAGAGGACAUCCUCAGAAUGAAAAGGAACUUUUAUCAAGAAAUUUAUUUAACUUGAAAGGUCAAGAAUGGCGAAUCAUGCGUUACAGAUUGACACCGACUUUCACAUCCGGAAAACUCAAGGGUUUACUUGAACAAAUCUUGAACUGCAGUGAAAACAUGCUCAUGAAGAUCGAAGAGUUGUCAGAAGCAAAUACCGAUUUAGACUGUAAAGAGUUUCUCUUUGAAUACACUUCUGAGGUAGUUUCAAGCUGCGCUUUCGGCCUCCAAUUUCAGCCUAAGAGUAAAGAGUUUGCUAUGUUCAAAUUCAUUGCAAGAAAAAUGUUUAUACCGACUAACGCAGUUAUAUUGAAAUUCGUAUUGCUCAUUCUACUACCAAAAGUAGCAAAAUGGUUCAACUUUAAGGUGUUUGUUUCCAAACACGAUGGUGACUAUUUCCUUAAUUUGGUUAAGUCAACUUUGAAAUACCGGAAAGAAAACAAUAUAAAACGGAACGAUUAUCUUCAGCUGCUUCUGACUAUGCAAGAGCAGGAAGAGAAAGGGGUUAGCAUUGCACUGCCUGCUAGUGGUGUUAGUGAAGAGGAUGUGGUCUUGGACCAGAUGAAAUACACUGACACCAACAAUCUCUACCAGUCUCUGGCGAUGACAACUAAAUUGUUUACAGAUGAAGCAGUUGCAGCCAACAGUAUAAUCUUCAUGGUAGCCGGGUCAGAGUCAACCUCAAAUACUAUCAGUCUGGCUCUCCUGCAGCUCACUCAGAAUCCUCAAGUUAUGCUCAAACUGAGAAAAGAGGUAGACAGUGUGCUAGCAUUUCAUGGGGAGUGGUCAAACCAAGCAUUGAAAGAGAUGGUUUACAUGGAUCAAGUAAUUCAAGAGACUCUCAGACUGUACCCACUAUUACCAUUUCUGCUGAGAGAAUGCACCAGAGACUACCAAGUGCCAGGUUCAGCUCUAGUUAUACAGCAGGGGGUGCUGGUAGCCGUGCCAGUGAUUGGACUACACAUGGACGUGAGAUACUACCCGGACCCUCAACAGUUCAAACCAGAGAGGUUCCAGGGGAACAACUUCAAACCUAACCCGACUUACUUACCUUUUGGCGACGGUCCUCGGAUUUGUAUAGCUAUGAGGUUUGCUGUAAUGGAAAUUAAAACUGCCAUUGCUGGAAUCCUUGCUAACUAUGACAUAAACCUGAGCUCGAAAACUCAACUACCACUCAAGAUGAACAAUCGCUCUUUUGUACCUGUCCCAGAAAACGGAAUAUGGCUGACUUUUAAAAAACGAGAGAAAUAA